UCACCCUCAGAGACACCUACUUCACAGCGUGGCGCACACCGACCCUCCGAGAGGUUUGACGUCCGCCCCGAGCGGGCUAGUUCUCGUCCCUGCUGGUCGGGGUACGAGUAGGGAGCUGGUCUCACCUAGCAGAUGUGUCUGGGACACUCCGCUUUAUUUAUUCACCCCACAAGUCCCAGAUGAGCACGAGGGAGGAGACGGCAGGACGCUGGACCGGCGGCUGGCAGGAGCAGCGCGCGGAGCCCAUGGAUGAGGCGGCGGGCGAGGGCUUCGUGAAGGAGUACACGCGGCACUCCAGCGACGUCCUGCAGAACCUCAACGAGCUGCGGCGGCGCCACCUGCUGACGGACACCACCUUGGUCGUGGGCGGGGCCCAUCUACGCGCGCACUGUGCCGUACUCGUCGCCUGCAGCGGGUUCUUCUACUCGCUGUACUCGCGGCGCCUGUCGCUCCAAGGCGGCGCUGCGGGCCUCCAGCCGCUGACGGUGGCGCUGCCCGGCGGCCUGGACGUGGCCAGCGUCUCCCUGCUGCUGGACUUCAUGUACACGUCCCGCCUGCCGCUGAGCCACCGCAGCGUGGCCGGCGUGCUGGCCGCCGCCACCCACCUGCAGAUGGAGCACGUGGCCGACACCUGCCGCGCCUUCAUGCAGCUGCACAGGGAGCAGAUGGGUGCUGAACGCCCUCAAGUGGAGCUGGACUCCAGGGUGUCUGUCGUCUCCGUAGGCCCCCGAGGAGGAGGGGGCCUGCCCCCCAAACCCUCCAGCUCACGCCCAGCGCCCCCGGGCCACUGCCAGUUCCCCCGGGAGGCCGGCCUCUCCGUGAAGCCAGGGGCUUUCCCGGCCGGCGAGCCCAGGCCCAAGGAGACGAAGCUGGAGCGGCGGUCGCCCCUAGCGGGCUGCCCCACCCCCUCCCCCGACAGCCCCACCAGCCCCACCCGCUCCGGAGGCCAGCCCAGCUCCCCCGCCGAGUCCAACACGUGUCACCUCGCGGGUGUGACCAAGCCUCCCCCCGACCCCAAGGCCUGUAACUGGAAGAAGUACAAGUACAUAGUCCUCAACCCUCUCUGUGCCGUCCCCACGGUGAAGGAGGAGGAGCCAGGAGAGAGGAACACGCCCAUCUCCCAGAGGACCGCUGUGUCAUCUGACGCACCCACAGAGGCGUGGCCUGGAGAAGUGCCCGGUCAGAUUGAUAGACAGGGGCGGGCCUCCUGCUACGAGGGUUCUGGCCAAGCCCCUCCCCUCGGACCACCCCCUCUGUGGAGGUCUCUCAGGGAGCGGCGUGCUCCUCUCUCCCCCUCCCCCGCCGGCGCCCGCCGCAGACCACGCCCACCCGACCAGCGCGCGUUCAAGCGGGAGGACGGCCACGCGCCGUACCUGUACUCCGGGAACGUCAUCGGCACCAAGGCGCUUAUUGCCGGGGACAAGCCGUACCGCUGCAACGUCUGCAGCGCCCAGUUCAACCGCCCGGCCAACCUGAAGACCCACGCCCGCAUCCACUCGGGGGAGAAGCCCUACCGCUGUGACACCUGCGGCGCACGAUUCGUCCAGGUAGCUCACCUGAGGGCCCACGUGCUCAUCCACACGGGGGAGAAGCCCUACCCCUGCCACACCUGUGGCACCCGCUUCAGACACCUGCAGACACUCAAGAGCCACCUGCGCAUACACACCGGGGAGAAGCCCUACACGUGUGAGCAGUGUGACCUGCACUUCCGGCACAAGAGCCAGCUGAGGCUCCACCUGCGGCAGAAGCACGGGGCCAUCACCAACACCAAAGUGCGCUACAAGGUCCUGUCGGAGGGCUACCAGCCCCUCCUGCAGGCCUGCUGAGGGGGCCCCCUUAGCUGCUGGGGCCCCGAACCACGGCGACCACACCCACCACAGUGACUGAGGCCACGGGGAUGGCGUGACGGCACAGAGCUGGAGAGCGUGUUGUGAUGUGAGAGUGGGAGGAUUCCGGGGAUAAGGAUUCAGUAAUAGUGAAGGACGCAGGAAGAGAGCAGAGAAGUUAGACGGUAAGAAUGUGAAGGGUUGAUGUCAAAAUGCAGAAAGCCUAGGGUUGGUAUAUGAGAAAGAGCAGCGGAGGUUUUUUUAAAUGAAGCGAUUUGUGGAGGGAAAGUGAAAGCAAGUGCGAAGACUGGGAAAGGGGAGACGCAGCGCAGAGGCUCAGAUAUGCUGAGUGUGCGCCGAUGAAAAGUAUGAAGCAAGAUGGCACAAAGUGCAGUGAAGACUGAUGAAGCACGUUGGGGAGCAGAGGUGUUGAAGGAAGGACGGAGGAAGUGAGGAACAUAGUCAAGGCUUGGUUUUAGGAAGAAAUGUAUUACUGACAUUUAUACAUUUGGAAUAAUCAAACACCAUACGACUAAUUGGUUGGGAUCAAAGUUAUUUGAUCAGGGUUUUAGUGUUGAAAGUGUUUAUAAUCGUAAAUGUCUGAAGUAGCUUUUAGAACAAUGUUAAUAUUUCACUUGUAUUUUGU